CAUAUUUAUUAAAGACCGAAUCGACUGCAGAUUCGUUUCGAGAAUGGUGCGCCUGGAGACCAGAGAUGGCCGGAUAAUUAGGGUGAACCUGGCUCUGCUUGAGCGAUCCUUGGUAAUCAGUGAAAUGUGCCGUUUUGGCCAGGACUCCGAGGGCGAGGAUUUCAUUCUCCCGCUGCACGGCAUUCACAGCGGUGUCCUGCUGAAGAUCCUCCUGUGGGCUGAGUACCACAAGGGCCAUGAGGAACCCGCCUGGGUGGCCAAAGAUGGACCUCUUCCGGCCGAGGAGAUCGAGCUCCAAACUUCCGACUGGGACAAGGAGUUCCUGCGGGUAGAGAUCAAAAACGUUUACGAUCUGAUGGAGGGCUCCAAUUAUCUGGACAUCCGUUGGCUGUACAAGCUGUGUGCCCAGAAACUAGUUUUCCACAGCAAUCGGGAGCCGGUGGCCCAGUUCAGCAAAUGUUCUAAGAAGAUCCCAUCUUCGAUCGAGUGCCAGACCGUCUUUACUGAACAGCCCUUUGAAGAAUACUAA